AUGUCCAUCUUCUUCUCCACCCCGGUGGACAUUGACAUUGUCCUCGAGGACAAUGAUGAGCGCGCCAUGGUCGACGUCAAGCAGGACAAGAACCGGAGGGAGAAGGUGCCGCUGUACAUGGACGGCGAGUCGGUCAAGGGCCAGGUCACCGUCAGGCCAAAGGACGGCAAGCGCUUGGAACACACCGGUAUCAAGGUGCAAUUCAUUGGAACCAUAGAGAUGUUCUUCGAUCGCGGCAACCACUACGAGUUCCUGUCAUUGGGCCAGGAGCUCGCUGCGCCGGGCGACCUGCAGCACCCUCAGACCUUCGACUUCAACUUCAAGAACGUGGAGAAACAGUACGAAUCAUACAAUGGCAUCAAUGUGAAACUGCGCUACUUCGUGCGCGUCACAGUUUCCCGUAGAAUGGCGGACGUUGUGCGCGAGAAGGACAUCUGGGUCUACUCGUACCGGAUACCUCCCGAGACCAACAGCUCCAUCAAGAUGGACGUUGGUAUCGAAGACUGCCUGCACAUCGAGUUCGAAUACUCCAAAUCAAAAUACCACCUCAAGGACGUCAUCGUCGGGCGCAUCUAUUUCUUGUUGGUGCGCUUAAAGAUCAAGCACAUGGAGCUCUCCAUCAUCAGGAGGGAGACCACCGGAGCUGCGCCGAAUCAGUACAAUGAAAGCGAGACAUUGGUGCGCUUCGAAAUCAUGGACGGAUCACCAUCACGCGGUGAAACUAUACCCAUCAGACUGUUCCUCGGUGGUUUCGACCUUACGCCCACUUUCCGCGAGGUCAACAAGAAGUAUUCUACCCGAUACUACCUCAGCUUGGUGCUCAUUGAUGAGGAUGCUCGCCGCUACUUCAAGCAGUCCGAGAUCGUCCUCUACCGCCAAGCACCCGAGGGUCUUGCUGCCGCCGUCGCGCAGAACCAGCAAAUCCAGCAGUCAUGA